AUGGCAAUGUGGUUAGACCUCAACGCUCGCGGAGGCUACGCGCUGGACCACGGCUCUCAUCGCUUGGAUUGUCUGCUUCCUUCUCCGCCCAAGGCUAACUUGAUCCGUGCGCUUAGGGCGCACACUAGCAGAACGGCGCGGGGAAAUCUGGGGAUGUUUGCGGUGGUGAAAUGUGGUCCGGCGCCGGCAAUGCGCAAUCCCAAAUCCGAGACAAUGGAGAUAGUAAAAAAUGCUCUGUUUCUAGUCAGUGCCGGGACUAAUGACUUUGUCGUAAAUUAUUUUACCGUGCCUAUUAGGCGUAACAAUUACACAAUCUCGGAAUACACGAGUUUCAUUCUACAAGAAGCUCGGCAAGGAUUAGUGGACCAAGGUGCCACGCGAAUAGGAGUAGUAGGCCUGCCUCCAAUGGGCUGCUUGCCGAUUGAGCUUCAACCUUCCGGCUCUCGGAUUGCUUACGUGGACAUAUUUGGACCGUUAGAGGAAAUGACCUUAGGCAACACAUAUGAUUUUGAGGAGGUUAGUAAGGGAUGUUGCGGGACAGGGAUGCUUGAAGCUUCGUAUAUGUGCAAUUCAAAGAGUGUCGUGUGUGAAGAUGUGAACGAGUACGUGUUUUGGGAUGCGAUUCACCCAACUGAAAAAACAUAUUUUCUGCUUUUUCAAGAGGUUAGGCCUUUAAUCGACAGCCUAGUUAAGGAAUAA